ACCACACAUUUUAGAUAAAUAUCAAUUUCAACGGAUAUUUUAAGUCAGAAUAUUACAUUACACGUGGCAUUAAUAUUACACACAUUAUAUUUACUGUAAAAAUGAUAUACACCUUAUUGGGGGGCAUUUUUCUAUGCUUUAUUUGUAAUAUUUCAGCAAAUAAUUUUAAAGAAUGUAAACCAGAAAAAUGUGUACUUUUGGAAAAAUGCAAUAAAACAGUUGAUAUUAUAAAUAGAAUUAAGAAAACUCAAUACAGAGAUCGAACUCUAUUUGAUAAAUUAAAAAAUUUGCAAUGUGACUAUAAUCAAAUUAAAAGAAAACCAUAUUUUUGUUGCGAGGAUGAGGAAAACAAAGAAACUGACAAUGUGCCUCAAAAUAUUUCAAAUCAUCCAAAUCUUAAAUUAUUUGGUAAAACGCAAUUUGAAUGUGGAAGUAUUCGAUACAAUCCUCAAAGUUUAAAUUCAAAUUAUAAUGAAGCUAAAGAAGACGAAAGUCCUUGGACUGCAUUAAUUCAAUUUAAAAACAGAACUGUGUGUUCUGGUACUUUAAUUAAUAAUCGAUAUGUUUUAACUGCUGCUCAUUGUAUUAAACCUUUCUUGCUUUACCUUAAAAACAUUAAAAUAAUAUUGGGAGACUACAAUAUUAUGACAAAUCCUGACUGUAAAACACAAUGGUGGAAUAAAAAAACUAUCUGUAAUGAAAUUGAAGUUGUAGGAAUCGAUACAAUACACGCUCAUCCUAAAUAUUCCAAAAAAGACAUAACCAAUGAUAUUGCUUUAAUAAGAUUGGACAGAUAUAUUGAAUUUUCAGAUACUAUUGAUCAAAUUUGUCUUCCAUUUGAUAAUGAAGUUUCUAUAAAUAAUUAUCCGUAUGAUCUUUAUGGUCGUGGAAUAUCUAUGCGCAACAGUGCUGAAACAAAAAUUCCAAUAAAAACUAUGGUUCAAGUUAUCGAAAAUUCUGAAUGUGAGUCAUUGUAUAAAUUGUAUAACUGGCCAAGAAAAAUAGAUGAUACUAUGGUUUGUGUAAAACACUUAAAAACACCACGAACUUGUAUACCAGAUGAUGGUGGAGAUCUUUCUGCUCAUGAUCAACAUCUCAGCCAAAAAUAUCAAUUUGGUAUUGGUAGUUUUAAUUGGAGUCGAUGUACUUUAAAUUUGCCAUUUGUCUAUACGAAAAUUUUCCAUUACUUAAAAUGGAUUUUGGAUACAGUUAGAGCAUAAGAUUGGAUAAUGAAAAACAAAUUUGUUUUAAACAUUCUGCCACUCAUUAAUUCUUUUUUUAAUGGAUUUUUUAAAUAAUAUACUUUAUGGAAUAUAAAUUCUAUUUUUAGAUGAAUUUUCUUGUUUUAUAAGGGAAAUAUAUGAAAAAUCAAUAAAUAAAUAACUUUACUUUUAAAA